AACCAAACCAGAAAUGGACACCAACAAUGUGGAGAGAAUGGAGAGCCAAAACCAGCAUCCACAAUCACAUGAUCCACCACCAACCAAAGGCACCACCUUCCUAAGAACUUGCUUCAAUGGAGUAAAUACUUUAUCUGGUGUUGGGAUUCUGUCUGUCCCAUAUGCUCUCUCAGAAGGUGGUUGGUUAAGCCUUCUGUUACUACUACUUGUUGCUGUCUUAUGUUUCUAUACCGGAUUACUUCUCCGUAGAUGUAUGGAUUCAGAUCCCGUCAUCAGAACGUACCCGGAUAUAGGCCAAGUGGCGUUUGGGAGAAAAGGGAGGAUGGUGAUCUCGACGUUCAUGUAUCUCGAGCUUUUCUUGGUGGCGGUCGAGUUCUUGAUUAUGGAAGGUGACAAUCUACACAAGUUGUUUCCAAAGGAAAGUUUUGACGUUUUAGGAAUGAAGAUUAGUGGGAAACAAGGGUUUGUUUUGAUGACUGCUUUUGUGGUAUUGCCUACAACUUGGCUAAGAAGUUUGGGGGCUUUGGCAUAUGUUUCUGCUGGUGGUGUAAUGGCAUCAGUGAUUCUUGUGUUGGCUGUCUUGUGGGGUGGUGCUUUUGAUGGAAUUGGAUUCCAUGGAAAAGGGGAACUCUGGAAUUGGAAUGGGUUGCCAACUGCUAUCAGUUUGUUUACCUUUUGUUACUGUGGUCAUGCUGUGUUUCCCACACUAUGCCAUUCCAUGAAAGACAAGUCCCAAUUCAGCAAGGUUCUACUUGUGUGCUUCAUAUUGAGCACCAUCAGCUAUGGAUCAAUGGCGAUGUUGGGCUACUUGAUGUUUGGAGAAAACAUAAUGUCACAAGUGACGUUAAAUCUGCCAACGAAAAACAUAAGUUCAAAGAUAGCGAUUUACACGACGUUGAUCAACCCUGUGACCAAAUACGCGUUAGUCGUGGCACCAAUCGCGACAUCAGUAGAAGAAACGUUUCCCUUUCAAGAAAGCAGGGUGAUGAGUUGUCUCAUUCGAACAUGUCUCGUGAUCAGCACAGUCUUUGUGGCACUGAUGGUCCCAUUUUUUGGCUAUGUCAUGGCGUUUAUCGGUGCGUUUUUGAGCAUCACUGUGUCAAUAUUGUUUCCAUGCUUGUGUUACUUGAAGAUCGUUGUAGGUUUCAAGAGAUUUGGGGGAGAAUUGAUGGUGAUUCUGGUGAUUAUACUGAUCGGAACUUUUGUUGCAGUGGUAGGUACUUACACUGCUUUAAGUGCCAUUUUAAAGGAGGUUCAACAUAAAUAAGUUGAACCAAGUAAUCCUGUUGUAAUAUUUCAACUUGUAUAGUGUUUUAUAUGCAAUAUUAGAGACUGACUGUA